UGCAGAAGCCGCAACAACAAAAACUUUAUUGAGAGCGGCGCGGCAAGCCGCGGCCCGGGAAGAUGUCGGUUAACUAUGCGGCCGGCCUUUCUCCCUACUCCGACAAGGGCAAGUGCGGGCUCCCCGAGAUUUUCGACUCCCCAGAAGAGCUGGAGAGGAAGGUGUGGGAGUUGGCCCAGCUGGUGCAGAAAUCGUCCAAUGUGGUGUUCCACACGGGGGCAGGCAUCAGCACGUCGUCAGGCAUUCCAGACUUCAGGGGCCCACAUGGGGUGUGGACAAUGGAAGAACGUGGAUUGGAGCCCAAAUUUGACACAACCUUUGAGAGCGCCAGGCCCUCUAAGACCCACAUGGCCCUGCUGGAACUGGAGCGUGUUGGUAUCCUGAAGUUCCUGGUGAGCCAAAAUGUGGAUGGCUUGCACGUGCGCUCUGGAUUCCCCAGGGACAAACUGGCAGAGCUCCACGGAAACAUGUUUGUGGAGGAAUGUGUUAAAUGCAAGAAGCAGUACGUGCGUGACACGGUGGUGGGCAGCAUGGGACUCAAGGCGACGGGUCGGCUGUGCAGCGUGGCGAAGGGUCGUGGCCUCCGGGCCUGCAGAGGAGAGCUCCGGGACACCAUCUUAGACUGGGAGGACUCCCUGCCGGACCGGGACCUCAACCUCGCGGACGAAGCGUGCAGGAACGCCGAUCUGUCCAUCACCCUGGGCACCUCGCUGCAGAUCAAGCCCAGCGGCAAUCUUCCCCUCAUCACCAAGCGCAAAGGUGGCAAGCUGGUCAUCGUCAACCUUCAGGCCACCAAGCAUGUGAGUGAGCCGCCGGGCAGAGCCCUCGUCCCCCCGUGGGGACCACUGCCUGUCAGCCCGUCCCCUCCCCGAGCCGGCCUUAGGCCAGACCAGAAGGAGCCUCUGGCUCGGCGGGCGUUGAGAGGCCAGGCCAGACGGCUACCGCGAAAGCGUGAGAGGCAGCGGCCGGGAAGCCCGCUCACCUGCUCGGCUGCCGCUUCCUCUCCAACCCUGCCACGGCGAGGGCCCAGAGGGGCCCCUCGAGACCGCAGCGUUUCACUUCUCUUGGUGCGCCGGGGCGGAUACGGGUGGGAGAGAUGAUCCGGUCAUCCGGCCCUCCCGCCCUCGCCUGCGGCCUUGGCCCUUCAGUCGGGCCGCCCUCGGGGCGAGGAAGAGGGGGGUGACGGACGGAAAAGCCGAGGCUCGGAGACGUCGCCCGGAAGCCUAGACCGGAGAGCCCGGUUCCCCCGACUCCUGGCCCCGAGCUCUCUCCGCCAGCCCCAGCCUCCCCCGUCUCUGCCGGACUCAGUACCCGCCAAGGCCGGCGAAGAUCAGAAUGCACCCUCCCCUCCCCCGAUGCAUCUUGCUUCCCCUCCCCUUGGCAGGACCGCCAGGCCAACCUGCGCAUCCACGGCUACGUCGACGAGGUCAUGACCAAGCUCAUGAAGCACCUGGGCCUGGAGAUCCCGGAGUGGC